UGAACUAAACCUAAAAUGGAUUCCGUACGACUUUUAGCAGUAGAAGCAUGUGUUAGCAUUGCGCAGUUAUUGCCUCAAGAAGAUGUGGAGCAUUUAGUUUUGCCUACAUUACGUCAAUGUGCUAGUGAUUCGUCGUGGCGUGUUCGCUAUAUGGUUGCUGAAAAAUUUGUUGACUUGCAGAAAGCAGUGGGCCCUGAGAUAACACGUGUUGAUUUGGUUCCCGCCUUUCAAUAUUUGCUAAAAGAUGCCGAGGCUGAGGUUCGUGCAGCGGUGGCUACUAAAGUUAAAGAUUUUUGUGCCAAUUUAGACAAGGCAAAUCAAGUACACAUUAUAAUGACUUCAAUUUUACCUUAUGUUCGCGAUUUAGUCUCCGAUCCAAACCCACAUGUAAAGUCUGCAUUGGCUUCAGUUAUAAUGGGAUUGAGCCCAAUGCUUGGGGCCUACAAUACUGUUGAACAUUUAUUGCCUUUAUUCCUCAUUCAGUUAAAAGAUGAAUGCCCAGAAGUGCGUUUAAAUAUUAUUUCCAACCUUGAUUGUGUUAAUGAUGUAAUUGGAAUUCAGCAGUUGUCACAAUCCCUAUUGCCGGCUAUUGUAGAGUUAGCUGAAGAUUCUAAGUGGCGCGUGCGUUUAGCAAUUAUUGAGUAUAUGCCAGCUCUUGCUGGACAAUUGGGGCAAGAGUUUUUCGAUCAAAAAUUACGUGGACUUUGUAUGGGUUGGUUAAAUGACCACGUAUAUGCUAUACGUGAAGCUGCAACAUUAAACAUGAAGAAAUUAGUUGAACAAUUCGGUGCGCAGUGGGCAGAACAGGCUAUUAUUCCAAUGAUCUUAGUGAUGUCUCGCAACAAAAACUAUUUGCACAGAAUGACAUGCCUGUUUUGUUUGAAUAUGUUAGCUGAAGUUUGUGGAACCGAUAUUACAACAAAAUUGCUGCUCCCAACUGUAUUAUUAUUGGCUUCAGAUCCUGUCGCAAACGUCCGUUUUAAUGUGGCAAAAACUCUUCAGAAGAUUUCGCCCUAUCUCGAUAGCACUGUUAUUGAUUCACAGGUUAAGAAAACGUUGGAAAAACUUAAUGCUGAUACAGACGUUGAUGUCCAACAUUUUGCUUCUGAAGCUAUUGCUGGUAUUGCUGCAGAAAUGGAUAUGGAUAUAUUUCGAACUAUUGUACCUCCUGUUCUCGGGUUUGUUGAAGAAGCCGCAAUUGCUGCUAAAUUGGCUACAGCUCCACCUACUUUACGAGACACAAACAAUGUAGAAUCGUAAACACAAAAAGUUUGUCACAUUUUUCAUUUUUAUUUUUUCUCCACCUGUAGCUGAAGCAAAAAAUGUGAAAGAGUAAAUCGCAUUAGCUCGAAGAGACGACGUUAAACAAACUUUAUAUAAUAAUCCAGAACUAAGGAGCUACCAGUACAGGACAUAAUGGAUUCGGUGUAAACAUUAAUAAAAAUAUAUUAAGAAAUUUAAUUCAUUUUAUGAUAACUUGAAAGUAUGUUUAUAAACAGCAUUAAAAAUAAAAAAAUAAAUUAUCUAUCAUA